CACUAUCCAAACACCAAGUAAUAGCCUCCCGAAGCGUAAGCAACUCCACCAUCGCCGGCGCAUCCAACGAGGGAAACCGAACCCCCUUAGCCAGAAGCAGCAUCCUAUCAGGGGUGAGAAGAACCAUCCCACCCGCCGAAUGCGAGCCACUUUUAGUUGCCCCAUCCCAUCGACAAAUCAACCGGGAAUCUCCCACGGCAGCCUCAGCAGGCACCACCAGGCUUCUGACCAUAGGCCGCCCAUCCGCCGGCAAGGCCAACCACUCCUCAUACUGCUGAUGGAAUUGUCGCAUAAGCGCCGGAAUCCCAAACUGUUUGCCUUCAAAGACCACCCAGUUCCGGGAUCUCCAGAUCCGCCACAGGACUGCAACAACCGCCAUAACCAGCGAGGGUUGGUGGAUCAACUCCAACAGACGCUUGAGAAACAAAGGGAAAGUAUGGCGGGGCAAACCCUCGCCCAGAUAUUCCAGCCCUGAAUAAUUGGUAUAGGGUUCAUAAAAAAAAAGUAUAUUUUUCCUUGAUAUGUAGGAUGCAUAGUAAAUAUGGCCUCGAUAAAGACUUUUGAUCUCGUUAACUUAAAUUAUCUAAACACGAAUAAAUGAGAUAACAAGCUAAUUUAUCGAUCAGUUCUUAAUAUAUCUCGUGAUUUCAUGCAAAUUAUUAGUAUCGAUGAGGCUUGAUACAUGUAUUUGGCAUUGAAUAAACGACUCAAGCGGAAUAUAAAUAUUCUCUCUCCUAAUGUCUUUCAACAUUUACGUUGCUUCUAAACAAGGCAGCAAAAUAAGACUAUAUUAUCCUCUAUCUAAAUCUGGUUAAGUGAUUGUUACGUAAAAAAAAAAUUGAUAGUUUGAACGUCCGUUAGCAGGAAACACAGGUUUCCGGCCAAACUACACCAAGUAAGCCACCAUUCAUCUCCUCUAUUUCUCCUUUGUUUCUUUUGCGUGGAUCUGGCUGGGAGUGUCACAUAUGCUCUUUUUUAAACCUCUUAAUUAAUUACGUGUAUGUUGCGAGUAAAGAUUAAGAUUUAAAUAUAUGCUAUUCUCACAAUAGACUAGUACCAUGCAUACAUACCAGCGUAUUUCAAAAUUUUCGAAACUAAAUUAUUUACUACCCAAGUUUACAACUUACAAACGACAAGAAAAACUCAUCGAAUCCACUACGUUAUAAGUAGAGACGAUGUUGCUCCAUUAUCUUCUCCUCCCCAACCCAUUUAUGAACUUGCUAUUUGAGUUCGAUUAAGAGCAAAGUGAACCCAAAAACGGUUCCAUUAAGAUUCAAGGCAAUUGGAUGUAGUUGCUACCUUGAAUAUUUCCAUCUGUUUAUAGAAACACGCAGAAUCUCCACUUACCAAUCUAAGAGCAAGAGAGAAGAAGAAGAAGAAGAAGAAGAAAAGACUCUUUUGUCUGCUUUCUUAUCUUAGAAAUCACGUGGACUGGCAAUUAUUGGGGAGGAAUGGGAUAGCCGUAGAGAUAAGGAAAAUAUGGUAGCUGGUGGAUCCUCCAUUUCUGGAGAGGAAAGAAAGAAAAGAGUAAUGCUCUGUUUCUCUCCUUCCACGGCCAUGGCUCACACUUGACCAUCCUUACACCAUUCAAUUAGAGAAAAGAGAGAGAAGGAGAGGGAGCUUUUUGGUCCGAUUUAUAUCCAAGGUAGCUUCUUUUCUCUGUAUAGAAGUGUUUUUGUGCUGUUUGAUUCUUUCCCAUGUUUGUUGAUUCCCGUCCGAAUCCAGCCAAAGCAUACAUUUCUCUGUAUAGAAAUGUGUUUUAUGUUGUUUGAUUCUUUCCCAUGUUUGUUGAUUGAUCCGCUUCCGAAUGGAGCCAAAAACAAAAUCCAUCUCUGCGUAUAGAAAAUGCCUUACUUGAAAGGGAAUAUAUAUUGAGAGAGGCAGCUUUAUCCCCUUGAAACUGCUCUCAGAUUCCGCCAUUGCAGCCCGGAAAAAUGGAGGGUCUAAUCCAGAUGCCUUACGACGCUACAGUCAAGCUCAUGUUGUCUUCCUUGGAGCGCAAUCUGCUGCCGGAUGCCGUCGUCCGGCGCCUCACCCGCCUUCUUCUCGGGGUUCGCCUUCGUUGGGGUUACAAGGCUUCUGCAGAGCUCCAGCUCUCCCAGCUCCUCCAAUUCGUGCAUUGUAACUAUUAUCAUCAACUGAAUUUCCCCUGUUUUUUUUUUUUUUUGUGUGUGUUUCUUCUGUUUUGUUGUUUGGAUUCCAACUUGAGGGUUGUCUUGUCUUGCUUGUUUUUCUGUUGUUGUGGUUUGCAGCUCUGAAGGAGAUGCCUAUUGCUGUCCAGACAGAGAAGCCGAAAGAACAGCACUACGAAGUCCCGACCUCCUUCUUCCGCCUCGCGCUGGGGAAGCACCUCAAGUACAGGUAGAUAGCUCAAUUGGGUUGCUCGGCGAACUCAUCUCGUCACAUAUAUGUGAGGACU